GUUAGGCGAUCUGACAGAUGAUUGACAGCCGAGGAGCGCAGCUCGUUGUGAACGUUAAACUUUGAUCGCUGUGCGUCACGGUUAUGGCUGCUGGGAUUAAACUUUUCUCACCCUGGAGAUUUGACCGAUUCGCCCGAGCGAGUAAACCUGCCCUCGUAGCGUGUGUUCAGAUACACAGCUCUGCUGCGGUGAUGGGAGCUUCAGUGGAAGACUUCAACGCCGCCAAAGAUAAACUAGGAACCCUGAAGAAGGACCCAGGGAAUGAAGUCAAACUCAAGAUCUACGCACUCUUUAAACAGGCCACACAAGGCCCCUGCAACACCCCCAAACCCGGCAUGCUGGACUUCGUGAAUAAAGCUAAAUGGGACGCGUGGAAGAGUCUGGGCUCGGUGACACAUGAAGAGGCCAGGCAGCGGUACGUGGACCUCAUCUCGUCUCUGGUGGGAGCAGAAGCUCCUGUGGUUUCAGCGCAGCCCGCCGCGGGCGCUAAGGGCUUCCAGACCCUGCUGGUCAGCGCCGAGGACAACAUCACCACCAUCCGACUCAACAGACCCGAGAAGAAGAACGCCAUCACUGUGGAGAUGUACAAUGAGCUGGUUGAAGCUUUGGAUCUUGCUGGCAAAGACGAUUCUGUCAUUACCGUGAUCACAGGAAGCGGAGAUUAUUACUGCAGUGGAAACGACCUGAACAACUUUACAAAGAUCCCUGAGGGCGGAGUAGAGAAGCUGGCCAAAGAAUCUGGGGAGCUACUGAGGAGGUACGUUAAGGCAUACAUCGACUUCCCCAAACCUCUGAUCGGAGUCAUAAACGGACCGGCGGUGGGGGUGUCGGUGACUCUGCUGGGGCUGUUUGAUAUCGUUUAUGCCACAGAGAAGGCGACGUUUCACACACCCUUCAGUCAGCUGGGUCAGAGUCCAGAGGGCUGCUCUUCGUAUCUUUUCCCCAAAAUGAUGGGCGCGGCAAAGGCUAGCGAGAUGCUGUUGUUCAACAAGAAGCUGACGGCCGCUCAGGCCUGUGAAGUGGGUCUGGUGACCGAGGUCUUUCCAGAAAGCUCCUUCCAGUCCGAGGUGUGGACCAGACUCAAGGCCUAUGCCAAACUGCCCAAGAACUCUCUGGCUCUGUCGAAGCAGCUGAUUCGCGCGGUGGAGAAAGAGAAACUUCACGCCGUGAACGACGCUGAGGUGGAGAGGCUGGUGGAGCGCUGGCUCUCAGACGAAUGCAUGCAGGCCAUCAUGAGCUUCUUCCAGGCCAAGUCUAAACUCUGAGAAGAUCCCACGGAGCCACGCAACGUACAAAAUGACCUCUGUAUGCAAUAGUUUUACUAGUUAAUCCUAUAGCCUACAAACACCAGAAAGAAUCACCCAACUCAUUCUAGGGUUUGUAUAGGACUGGAUGAUGUAUGCAUAACAUGAGACCUUUUAUUCAGUCAUUAUGUCAUAACAGUUUAAUAAGACAACCAUGUAAUAUAGUGUUUUGGAACGAACCGUCUGUACCAGAUGUGCACUUAGUAGGUUGUAACACUCAGUGCCUUACUAAUGCAUUUGUGUUCUUUUAUCUGAGGGCCAAAAUUCAGUAUGCUCCGUUUUAGAUGUAUCGAUACAUUACAUCAUUUGUAUAGUCCUGUGACAUUUUGUCUUGAAUACAGUUUUAAUACCUACCUGAA